GACUUUACCUAAGAAUGACCUCUACUACGAUUUCCCUAGUUUUCCACGGUACUCUGAUCCACUCUUUGUCUCUCACGAAACUCGAAAUCAUCCAAAGUGCUUUGCUGGGAAUUGAUGAAUUUGGUAAAAUUGCAUUUGUGGAAAAAAAUCUUACUGAUCAAAAUACAAAUAGCAUUCUGAACAAAUGGGAGACCGCUGGUGCAAAGAUUGUUCGGUUAUCCAAACGACAAUUUUUAAUACCUGGUUUUGUGGAUACUCAUACGCACGCCCCGCAAUAUCCAAAUGCUGGUACCG